AUGACGUUCAAGAGAAGGAACGGUGGCCGCAACAAGCACGGCCGCGGACACGUCAAGUUCAUCCGCUGCUCCAACUGCGGAAAAUGCUGCCCUAAGGACAAAUCCAUCAAGAGGUUUCUUGUGAGAAACAUUGUUGAGCAGGCUGCAGUGAGAGAUGUUCAGGAAGCUUGUGCUUUUGAAACAUACACUCUCCCCAAGCUCUACGUGAAGAUGCAGUAUUGCGUUUCAUGUGCUAUUCACUCCAAGGUUGUUAGGGUUCGUUCUCGUACCGACAGGAGAAUCCGUGAGCCCCCACAGAGAUUCAGACGCCCAAGGGAUGAUAUGCCAAAGCCUGGUCAGCCCCCACGCGUUGGUGGAGCACCUGCUGCUCGUACUUGA